AUGUUUCGAAGAGCUUUGUUAAAUGCACCCCGCGUUGCCGGUAGAGCGUUAUCGGCAAAUACUCACUUCGCCACCAAACCUCUAUCUGCUCAAAUUGCAUCACCUUCUUUCGUUGCUGGUCGCAGAUCAUAUCAUGAAAAGGUUCUCGAUCAUUAUUCGCGGCCGCGAAAUGUCGGUAGUAUGUCGAAGACAGAUACCGAUGUAGGAACUGGUUUGGUCGGCGCACCAGCAUGCGGCGAUGUUAUGAAGUUGCAAAUUAGGGUGGAUCCAGAUACGAACACCAUUUCCGAUGUAAAGUUCAAGACGUUUGGCUGUGGUUCUGCCAUUGCUUCUUCUUCAUACUUAACAGAAUUGGUUCGAGGAAUGACGCUUGAGGAGGCUAGCCGAGUGAGAAAUACAGAAAUUGCGAAGGAACUGUGUCUUCCACCUGUGAAGCUUCAUUGCUCUAUGCUUGCUGAAGAUGCUAUCAAAUCUGCCAUUUCGAAUUACUACACCAAGAAUCCUAAAUCGCAGUCUACGAACCUUGGUGGUACUGGUGCAUCCAUGCCAAAGAUUGAUGUAGAGACAGUGAUGGAGCCUGCACAGUCUCAGACAGUAACGGUCUAA